AUGGCGACCAAGACGGAUCCGAGCCACACCAACUUCACAGUAUUCAUUCGUCUGCCAUUUCCUAGGGGAGACUUUGUUGACCCUCCGCCCGUGGAAUGGAAUGCGGCGAAAGACCAGGCAUUAUGGGACAUUCUUUCCCGCCCGUCGAAGGGAGAUGGUAUAGACUGGAAAGCCCUGGCAGACCAUUUUGAUGUCACUCUACAGUUCUUGCUCCAGCAAGCGGCAUGGCUAUAUGACAGACAGCUGUCCCAGGUACGCGCGCAGAUGCGCCGGGUACCUCCAGUCCAGUCGAGCUCGCCCUCGCCAGCACCCGGAUCGGUCUCUGGGAGUACAGCUUUAAGUGCGAAUGCACCAAAAGGUCUUGCCCCAACCGGACCCCGGGGUCCUUCCCGGCCAGUAUCUCAACAGAAGGAUGUUCCUCAGCGAGCACCCAGCGGCCGUCGCACGAGCUCUACGUCCACGACUACCAUCAACCAAGCUCGCCACUCUCGAGACUCUUCUCGCAACGAGACCCCGACAGAAGGCAAGGAACAACGAUGGGAGAACUUUGUCCGACGACCAUCGGUAACCAGACGAGAGCAACCACAGACUACCUCUUUCAUGCGGUCGCCGACCCUCGAAGAAGAGGACCUCAGCUCCAGCUCCACAGAGUCCGACUCCGAGGUAGAAGAGACACGGAGAGUGCCACGGUUCAGAAAGUUCGGCAAAUUUUCCACCCAACGCAUUGGCCUGCAAGACGACGCAGACGAUGAUGAAGACGAUACUCCCGCGUUCCUCCCUCUGUCUCGAGAGAAUGACCAGACGCCGCGAGAUCGACCCGGUGAAGAGCUCAGCGCAACUCUCCGCCUAGACGCAGAGCGCGCUGCAGCAGCCCGGCGACGUAUGGCCGACAGAGCUGGCCAUAGACAUCCCGUAGCUACUGAAUCAUCCACCAGCUCCAUGAGCUCCGGUGCCCCAGUGAGCUUGACAAACAGCGAUAGUCGACGCCUCGGUCAACCUGCUUCUGCACUAAGUCCCCAUCGCGCCGGGGAAGCUCCCCGCCAAAGCCCUCGCAAGUCUACUACAUCCGGAAGAGACGCAAGCGAUGGCACCCCCAGCAUGGGGAGUAGCUUCAGCGACCUGGACGACGCCAGCGUUACACAGUCUGCGUUGGAAGAGGCCCUGCUGAGCAAUAUGCAGCAUGGGGGUAUGGCUAGUCGUAUGAGUACGAUCAGCCAAGCUUUGCGUAGUCGCUACUUGCAAUGA